AUGAUUUUUGUCUGCUCAAAAUUCUCGGCAGUGCGCGAAUUCCCCCGAGGGGACAUUGGUAGUGCCGCUUCACUGUCAGCCCACGCCGCCGACACCAGCCCAAUCAACAUCGAUGAAUCCGGUUGUGAUGGAAAGACUGUCGAUCUUGUGCUGUCAGUAUUGCCAUUGGACUCAGACAUCCCGGACUCGGACUUGGACAGCCAGCCAACGCAGCACGUUGAGAUGGCAUACGAUCCGCGAGCAGCUACCUUGGAUUCUUACCGCCAUCUACCAUACAACGGAGAGACGCAAAAGAUCGGAUCUAGUCGCGUAACCAACAUCCGCAACAUGCCUUAUUAUAGCCAUGACGCUCUUGAUCGGCAUGGCCAGCGGUAUGGCCCACUAGGCUCUCAAUACGGGCUUGCUCGGCCAGCUGCGAAUGCGGUACAGAACUUUGACAAAUCUAUCGCUGCAAAUAACAAUGGCUACCAGUUAUUACCAACAACCUCACGUCGGUCCAACACAGACCGCAGUGUCAAUCCAUCUCCCAGUUCGCAAGGGCUUCAAGCUAACAUUAACAGUGAUCCAACUAUGUUUGUUUCAGUUGGUCAUGUUCCUCCAAAAACCCCAAUAAUUAGGGAAAACAAUUUGCGUUCAGAUCACUCUUCCCUCGCCAGUCAUACCAACAUGAUUGCACUUUCUGGGCUCCAGAAGGCUGCUAAUCAUAGGGGCUCUCAUUUGCCUCCGCCACCAGGAUUCCAGCAAUCACAAGCGCAUCCCUUUGCAACUGGCGACGGAUCAUCUCCGAAGUUCACCGACUACGGGUUACACAAUGGCCAGGCGGAUUUCGUGCCUGGACAGCAUGGUCGUGCAACGUUUAGGCCAGGCCACGCUGAUAUUCGGGGUGACUUGAAGCCCAGUUCUUUCAAUCCUAAUAAUCGCAACCCUAUAAAUGUUGGAAAUCCCCCCAGCUUUCCGACCGACAAAUUAACGCACAAUCCUGGGAAGAUGGAAACUCGUGAUCAUCAAAACUUGCGAACUCCUGGAUUCUCUUCAUUGGAUAAUACUAAUAGCGGGUCAAUCAGCUCCGGAAAUAUGCAUCAAAAGCAUAAUGCUGCAGCUGGGCAUUUGGAGAAUAUGCGGCGGAAUCAGAAGGGAAAAGAAAUAAACAAUGAUCGAAACACAGGCCACUCGCCAUUGCAGACUAGUAAACCAGUGACAUCAAUUCGACAAGCUAGGGUAUUCACGUCUACUGACUCCCAAAGGAAGGAUGAGACUCCGAAAAUUGCCAAAUUUAUUUCUGAUGAUCAAUCCCAGAGACUCAGCCAUGAACAGGCCAAAGCAGGCAAUUCGAUAGAGCCUGGAGCCUCCGAAGAAUCAGAAUCCCUUGCUGAAGUAGGCGAGAAUUGUCUUCGACCAACACUUGGAGAUUUCCUACACGCCAGCGCAAAAAAUGGAAAAGUAGACCUCCAAAAGUCCAACCAACGAAGCGAGGAGCAACAGCUGAGCAAAGCACUCGAUGUCAAACCUGCUGUGGUACGAAGAGAGAAAACGCCGGUUGAACCUUUCCUCCCGGCUCCAGACAUCAAGCAAAUUAUUCAACAAACACUGCAAAGAGAAUCUGUAUCUUAUAAGAGAGACAACACAAAAAAAAAAGGAAGUGACACGAAGCGCGGUAAGGCUGAACCUACCGCAGCGGAAGCAGCGGAUCUCGAAAAGGCGCGAAAAGAACGCGAGAAGAAGAAAAAAGACUGGGAAGCCACCCAAAUGGACGCAAAGAAAAAACGACGCGGCCAAAAGGCCGAACCUGCGACGGGGGGGCGUAUAGUUCAGGAUAUACCGCAGAAUCAAAAAUUUCCAGUCGAGUCAAGCGAUGAAAGCACAAAGCUUGGCGAACGAAAUUCGCAGGGCGACAGCUCCGGAGGCAAUCAAAACGGACUAGAGACAAUGAUAUCCCCCAAGGAUACGGUCAACCGAAGCCUGCCAGCGACGGACGAGAAUUCGAAGAAGCACCACCAAGCUCAAGAGAUGGCUGCUAGGCUCGAAACUGCUGAUCCAGUCACCGCCAAUAAGCUUUCAGACAAAUUAAUUGUUGGCUCCGACGAAUCAAUUCAAGGUAGAAACACUUUGAAUCAAGGGCAAAGUUCCGAGAAUGUAUCUCAUCUCAGUGCCACGUCUUCUCGCCCCCGCAAUUUUCGGCAAACGCCAGAAUUUAUUGAAGAGGAAAAAUCGAUCCUCAAGCUAGUUGAUCAUAAAAUAAAAUAUCACCAUCCAAAAAAGCCGAUUCUGUCUGUUCCGCUCCACUUUGAAGCGGAUUAUGCUUCGCAGGACAGGCAUCUUGAAAAAUUAUUUCAAGAGUACAAAGCAUCUUUCAAUGAGCAGAAUCUCCAAACAAUACCCGCGACCUCAAUGCUGGCGCCCAUAAAAAUUGAAGACUACGUGUUCACAAAUAAAAUUUCCAAGGUCUUUGAUGUGUUAAACGACUCAAUCAGACAUAAAGAUCUAGCAGCGUACAGGCCCCUCCGCUUGGACCAGUUUUCAGACUCAGCCCGCACAAAGUUCGACAGAUUGUGGGGAGAAGGCACAGUUUCGGAUUGGGGCAAGAAGCUAGAAUUCAGCUUGAUGGCUCGGCUGGCUCUGAUAUUGAACUUGCAUUGCAAAACACCUCAUUGUGGCAUUUCACCAGACUACCACGUGAAUAUAUUGUAUGACAGAUUAAGAUUGAAUCACCGUUAUAAGAAGUUCAACACCAAACCAUUUGAAGAUUAUGUUCAAAAGAUUCUUGGCCACGCGGAAAGUAACAGACGGUUUGCUGCAUUAUUGGUUUGUUUACAAGAGGAGACUUACGCACGAAACUGGAAAUUCUGGAAGAACAAGCUCAUUGGCCAGGGAGACAUGAAAACAUGCCGCACCAUUGAGCGGAGGUGGGGGAUUUCAACAGUUGCUACAUCAACUGUUAAUAUUCCAUAUGUUUCUCCAUGGACGGCAAGUCGUUACAAGAUGGAUGGGCCUGUCGGGACUUCCAAAUACACCGUCGACCAAUUGAUGGAAGGAAUAUACGGGAAAAAAGAAGCGGGAAGAAGGUUGCUCCUCGACCUUUAUCUGAGAACACGGAUCAACCGUAAGAAUCGUUGGUACGAACGAUUUCGACUCGCAGAUGCAAAGAACAAGUACGGAGUAGACUUGCUUACAGUCUUGAUGGUGGGAGAUGCACUUCUAUUCGGCUUCAAUAACCUCCCAAAAAAAUACGAAAACUCGGACCUUGCUGGAAAAAAUAUCGCUGCCCUUCUGAAGGUCUUCGAUGCACAUGAACCUUGGAUCGAAUCUCCCGAGCGUGCCUGGCUGCACAAUGAAUGUGGGGGCUUAUAUCAGGAUCGCCUGCGGAUAAUCAGCCAGCUAUAUAUCAAAAGUUGCGAACAAACAAAGAAGCACUCGAAACGUCGAUGUUAUCUUUUCGAGAUAUCCGCAGAGUGCUGUUUCAAGUUGGUAUAG